CUAUGGGCCUCCCCUCUGUAUCCGUCACUGUCUUUUCCCGUUCAUUAACUACAGCCUACAGUGACUUUCUGGUGCCAGACUGCCAGGAUGCUGUCAGGUUUUGCUGUCAACAGCCGUGGCAAACUUUAUGUUUGUUUAUAUUUUGUACUUUUCUUCCUUUUUUUCACUGAAUGAUUUUCUAGGUUACUUAUAUCACAACUUAGUUUCAUUUAUAAAUUUAUAAGAUUUUUAUAUACAAUGUACUUAUUUAAAGUUAUUUUAACAUUUGUACUUAGCUGUUCUCCCUGUUUGUCAGAUUGCGGGUGUAAUAUUAACCGUAACGGACAGUGCAAUAAAGAGGAAAAUGAAAUCAAACCACACAAUAAGUAUGGUAGAGAAAUAAAUUCUAAUGGAGAAUUUUCUAAAAUGAAUUUUGAAACCUCAAAUAUGGUGCUCAUUAAACAUGGUAUAUUUGAGAUGGGAACUAAUAAACCAAUGUUUGUUUCUGAUAUGGAAGGUCCAGCUCGUAAUAUUAGUAUAAAGAAAGAUUUUUAUUUAGAUAUAUUUGAAGUCUCCAAUGAAAAUUUUUAUGACUUUGUGCGAAUGACAGGAUAUAAAAGUGAAGCAGAGAUUUUUGGUGACAGUUUUAUAUUUGAAAUGUCUUUAGCAGAAAAUCAGAGAGACUCUUAUGAAGAUGUUCGAGCUGUAGGAGCACCUUGGUGGAUUAAAUUGAAAGGUGUAACGUGGAAACAUCCUGAAGGACCAGACUCAACUAUUGAAGACAGAAUGAGUCAUCCAGUUGUUCAUGUUUCAUGGAAUGAUGCAAAAACAUAUUGCCAACAUUUAGGUAAAAGGCUUCCUACUGAAGCGGAAUGGGAAAUGGCCUGCAGAGGUGGUUUAAAACAAAAAUUAUAUCCAUGGGGUAACAAAUUGAAUCCUAAUAACCAACAUUGGGCUAAUAUUUGGCAAGGAGAAUUUCCUAAAACUAAUACUGGGGAAGAUGGUUACAUCUUCACUAAUCCAGUUAAUGAGUUUCCACCAAAUAAGUUUGGUCUAUACAAUAUGGCUGGAAACGUUUGGGAAUGGACAGAAGAUGAUUGGCAAACUGACCCUGAGAAUUCAAAAGUAAAAAAAGGUGGAUCGUUUCUCUGCCAUGAAUCUUACUGCUGGAGAUAUAGAUGUGCAGCAAGAUCAUUUAAUACCAAGGAUUCCACGGCUGCAAAUUUAGGUUUUAGGUGUGCAAAAGAUAUUUCUUAAUGUAAUUAUGAUGUACUUAGUAAAUUUUCUAUUUCAUUUAAUAAAAUAAUGCAAAUUUGUA